AUGAACAUUCAGAAAGAGGAAAAAAAUGGAACCACAGGAAAAUACGAUGACGCCAAAAAGGAAAACAAACAUAACAAUCAGGAAUGUUACACCACCAAUCUGAUCAACACAGAUGAUAAGGUUAACCUGCUUAAAAACAGCAAUAACGCGAAUGGGUCCUCUGAAGAAAUUGUAGGUGAAAAGUUCAAGGUCAACAUUAAUCAAAGUGUGUUAAAAGAAGGCACAACAACAGCGCCAGUUUUUAAAAGUGAUGAUGACACGAUAGACGAUGCGAAGAAGAAAGGCAAUGAGGAGGUGCAUUAUAAAGGCAGUACCGGUGCGGCAGGGGGUACCCCGGUAAAGACUAGCACGGAAGGUGUCGCGCAUGAUAAGAACAGUAGCGUGUGUAACCAUAACAAUUUCGCAAAAGGGGGAGAUAAUAAUUACCAACAUGGUUGUUCCUCAUGGGGUUCCACACCCAAAGGGGAAAAUGACGACAACAAACAAGUUGACACUUCCGUGGAAGCCCCCCCUUUUAAUUCUCCUCAAAAGGGUAGCAAUAAUGACGUGGAAGAGGCGCAGAAUGCCAAAAUGGAGAACCGCGUCAGCAGCAAAAAGGAAAAUGCAACAAUGGGGGAAGGAGAGAAACAGAACGAACCCAUUCAUAGCACCAACAUGAAUAAAAGUAAAGGUGUAAUGAAGGAUGAUUUAGACAUAAUAUCCCAGGAGGGAGGAAAGACUGAACAGGGCCCAAAAGAUGAUCACCCGAAUGAUCAUAUAAAGCCCAGUGUAAACGGAACAGCGAGCUGGAGCAGCAAGAAUACGUGCCCCUUUAAGCGAAAUGAAUACCAAAAGGAUAAAGAAAAGAGUAGUGAGGAUACAAGGAGCAAUAAUGUGACGAUCCAGAAAAAUGGAAAUUACAAAAAGUUCCCCGCGUUAAAUAAUGCCAAAAAUGGGACAUCCUUUAAGAAAGAGGUAAGAAGGAACAACCCCAACAUUGGGAGUUCCAACAGAAAGAGUGAGAACUACAAAACUUUUGGCCACAGUAAGAGAGACGAAUGUUGGAAGAGCUGUAUAGACAAAAAUGAGGAUUAUAGCAACACAAGUGGGGACUACGUUAGAAGCGGGGAAAAUUACAAAAAUGAAAAGAGCUACACUCAUAGGGGGAAUUCCCCAAACAGCAGCAACAACAGUCAUGGUAGAAAUGAGCCACAUAGGGUAAAUGAAGGGGGUUUCAGAAAUGGCAACCCGUACACCUAUAGAAACGCAGUUAACGGGGGAUACAAAAAUGUUGGUGGCACGGGCCAAAUGGGUAACUCAGUAAAAAUGAACGAUAAUUUCCACAACGCAAACAAUUAUAAAAUGAAUAACUACAGGAAUCUUUUUCGUAAUGGGAAUAAUGAAGAUACCACGGGCAGCGCAAACAAGUAUGGGGAGAAAGGGGGCAACCACAACCACAGCGCAUACUGGAUGAACCAAAAUGAGCAGCACGAGCGAUACGAACAAAAUGGAAAAAACGAAAACUUCAAUUUUAGAAGAAACAAUUUUAAGAACAAAAAAGUAUCAACAGGUGUGAAGCAGGACGCACGAUUUGACGUGGCGGAAAAAUACGCCAAGAAAUACGACUCGAAUUAUUUUGAAAGAAAUGACAGCACAAAUGUUGGUAACCAUAACGGUGGUGCUAGUAAAAAAAAGGUGAAUUCGCUUAUUAAGCAAACCGGAAGUACUAAUUAUAGCAAACACUUACCCAUUAUUGGCGAUACAAAAGGGAAGGAGACCAACGGGUAUGAGGAAAAUGAUUCCAUUGAAGUGUUUACAGAAGGAGACGCCAGUAGAAAUAGCAUCGAGUUGGUAUACAAAGAGGUCAUACACACGGUCAACCAUACUUCUUCAUCUGGUACGUACAACAAUAGUGGUGAAAAGACACAUAAUCAUAUACCCCGUGGUGGUAAGAAAAAUAGCACUGCCAUGGGUAGUCCUUCACACCACGGCAAUAUUGACCAGGCUAACAAGACUUAUACUAAACUCACACAUACCAAUAAUGGUAAGGAAAACCAAAAAGAGAGCAUCAGCGAUGGUGGUAAUUCUGAUCAUAUAGGAAACGAAAAUAAAUGGAGUUUUAUCCGCAGAGAGGAUAUCAGCGACAGUGGUCGAAGCAAGAUUAAUAACAGUGGCGAAAAAGACGUAAUGAAGGGGAUAAGGGGAAAGGAAUACAAGGAGGAUUAUCCAAAACUGGAGGGAGAAGGAAGCGGCGCACAUGUAAAAAAAAUUGAACGACGAGCGAAGCAAUUUACUGCCCAUCAGGGAGAUUUCACAAAAAGUCAUGUACCCACAUACGGGAAUGAAUACCACCACGAAGCACCAAAUGUGGAUAUGAAGGAUCACACAAACUCAUUACAAAGUGAGAAAGAUAAGAACCCCAAAAAUGGCAAAAAGCAAAACCAUUCCAAUGGCCCAGAAAAUAAAAGAAAAAUAUGGACCCCAAAAAUAGAUCAAAGGAGUAGAAACACGGACGCAGUAACCCUCUCUUCUAAUUUUAAAGAGCUCGAAUGUUGGAUGAACGGCAGAUAUAAUAAGCUGUUAGAAAAAUACAUGGAUCAGGAGAACGGGAAAAAAAAUAACAGUGAAAUAUUUGAGGGGGAAAUAAAAGUAUACGAAUUGUGUGAAGAUUACACCAACAGUGAUGUGGAAAAGGACAGCCAUGAGAAUCUCUCCCAAAUGACAGAAACGUUAGAAAGCCGAUACAUCACUGAAGAGGAUGCUGCAGAAAGUAAGGACAACACGGAUGUUCAAACGAACUCGGAAAUAGAAAAUGAAAAGAAACUGAUGAUCGAAGGUAGGGGCGAGUUCCCCACGCGGAAAAAUAAAGGCGAACAUGUAGAUAACACUGUGGGAGAUAGUUAUAACCCUGGAAAGAGUAAUUAUUUCUCGGGUUCAAAAAAUCACAUGCAUGUAUUAAAUAGCAACGCAGCCCAUCAGGGGGAAAAGAAGUACUAUCAAAGAAAUAAUAAUUACCGCUCAAAUCAGCAGAAAAGACCUUCACAGUUGCUCCACAAGAAUGGUCCACAGAAUAACAAGGCACCCUUUUUCAGUUCUUCUUCGGGUAAAAAAUGGGACAAUUGGGGUAGAACAGGAGGAGAAGAAGUGGUCGAAAAUUCGAUCGAGGACGAAAAGUUGGAGGGAAAGCUGGAAGAAAAUACAGACCCAAACGCCGAAUAUAACACGGAUAAUAACACUGAUGCAAACGCCACCCCCUCUGUGAGAAAGUACAGCGCACGCAAUAAGAACAACCAAGGCGAGGAAAAAGCCAGCGAUAGCAACUUCAACAGAAAGAUCUACUACGAAAAAGGACCAGCGGGAAAAUGGUUCGGCAGUAGUAACAUAACCACUAAGAAGCCCACUAGCAACAAUGAGUUUUACAAGAAUAAGUAUCACGCUGGAGACCAAAAGAAUGACUACAUGAAAAAUGAAAUGAACAACGGGACGUUUUACAAGUCGAAUAGACAACCGAUAGGGCAACACAAUAAUAAGAAGAACAACUGGAGCGCGAAAUUGAUAAACGACCGGUUUGGAAAUCGGUACGAGGAACCCUUCGGUGAGCCCUUUGGUGAACGGCUGAACGAACGGUUUAGUAAGCAAAACAAUUCAAACGACAUGGACCACACGAGUGGCACGUUUUAUGCCUCUAAAAAGAGCGUAAACAAUUAUGUGUUGCUACGAAAUGAAAUGGGUAGCGUUGCUGCGAAUAAUUUCAAUUCAGCUGGGAAUAAUAAGAAAUCGAACUCAACAUAUUUAACAGCAAAACGUGAAGGUGCCAAGAAUACGCACUAUGAGUGA